AGCCCGGGGUUUCCGGCGUCGAUCCGCUGUGGCGCGGUAAGAAAACAAAAGACAGUUGGCCAUAGCUCAACCUGCAUUACAGUGGAUAUUAUUUUGUUGGAGUUUGUUUUCUCAUCGCAUAAACUCGAUUUCCUCAGUAUUGUCUGCAUUAUUCAGAAGACCGUUCUUUGGACCGAGAUGACAUGAAAGGAACCUGAUACUGAGCAGGUGGAUGUUUACGGUGCAAGCAUCCCAUUUUUGUGGGAACCGCAGAGCCUCCGUGCAGGGCUAGAGGACCAUGUUCCGUCCUGUAGGAGAGAGAGACUUUCAGACCUCGGCUCGAAGGAUGGGGACGUCCCUGCUCUUCCAGCUGUCGGUUCAUGAGCGAGAGUUGGACCUCGUGUUUCUUGACCACAGCUAUGCCAAACCCUGGAACGCCCACCCAGACGCCAGCAGCGCGCGGCCCACCCGCAUGCUGUUCGUCACCCCGCGGCGGCAGCCAGAGCCCUCUGUUGAUUCGGACAUUUCCAUCGACGUAGAGACGGUCACACCCACUCCAAUGCCUCUCUAUGACAAUCAGAAAGCCCGCAGUGUGAUGAAGGAGUGUGAACGUCACGUUCUGUUUGCCCGAACCAUCGCUGAUGGACCGCCUCCUCCCGAUGAUUGGGAAGAGCACAUCAACAAGACUGGCUGGUCAUUGGCUCAGAACAAGCUCUUCAAUAAAGUAUUGAAAGCACUGCAGGCAGAAAGACUCAGCCGACUGGCCAAUGAGGGUGCCUGUAAUGAACCUGUCUUACGCAGAAUAGCGGUGGAUAAAUGUGCUCGUAAGGUCCGCCAUGCUCUGGCCAGCAUCAACUGGGACAUAAAGCUGACACAUUGGCUUCACAGCACACUUGUGGAGUCUUUGAGUCUUGCUAUGCUGGCUGCUUACCUUGAUGUACUGCAGACACUCAAAAGCAAGGUACCAUCCCUGAUCGACAGGAUGUUGCUGUCAUCCUCUGUAAAAACAGGAGCGGCAGGGGCUGAGGCUCUUUCUCUGCUCCUUAAGCGGCCAUGGGACCCUGCUGUGGGUGUGCUUUCACACAACAAACCAAGUAAACUUCCUGGUUCCCCCCUGAUCCUGAUCGCUCCAUCAGGACCAACAAACCCCGCCUUCUCUACCUCUCGACGAAUGAGAUUCUGGCAAUCUCAGCUGUCCUGUCUAGGAAAGGUCAUUCCCAUUAAUGUUCAUGUGGGCAGUGGAGCCAACAUCGGAAUCGCGCAGUGUUUAGAGCACAUGAUUGGCACAGUCAGAGGAAAAGUUAUUGAGGUUCACAGUCACUUUCCUCACAAGCCGAUUAUCUUGGUGGGCUGGAAUGUGGGCUCAUUGAUCUCUUGUCAUGUGUCCCUUAUGGAGUACGUGACUGCUAUUGUGUGUUUGGGUUUCCCUCUCCAAACCGUCAGUGGGCCCCGAGGGGAUGUUGAUGAUCCUCUGUUGGACAUGAAGACUCCAGUGCUGUUUGUGGUCGGUCAGAAUGCUCUUCAGUGCAGUCCUGAGAACAUGGAGGAGUUCAGGGAGAAGAUUCAGGCUGAUAACAGCAUGGUAGUUGUUGGGGGGUCAGAUGACAACUUGAGGAUUAACUCCACUAAAAUGAAGACCGAAGGCCUGACGCAGACCAUGGUGGAUCGCUGCAUUCAAGAUGAGAUAGUUGAUUUUCUGACAGGAGUUUUGACCCGUACUGAGAGCCAUGGCCACGGCUCUGGUGAAACUCGAGAUUUGGAUGCUGAGAAGAAGAAGAAACCUCGCCGUGAGCUGCCUUUUGACCUUGAGAGGUCCCGACCCUCUUCACCUGCUGUGAGGGUACCUAUCUCUCCAUCUGGGUCAGAGGAUAUGUCCAGUGUCUGCAGCAGUCCUACAGCCAGUCCCAAACCCAAGAUGGUGGGACUUUCUCCAGCUCAGAAAUCCAGUCUCAUUACUGCCACACAGCUGCUGAAGACCCACAUGCAGCGCUCAGGAACUGUGCUCACACACAAGCAAGCACAAGCUCAGUUCGCUGCUUUUAUGAAACAUAAUAUGCUGGUGAGGAAAAGCAUUCCUCCUGGCAGCCCAUCAUGUCUCUUUGUGCCGGUGCCCAGUGAGCAGGUGGAGGGUUUGGACCGAGACGACCUGAGGCUCAACCUCAAGAGAAGACAGACUCCUAGUCCCACUCCCACCAAAGCCUCCAAAAGAGCCAAGAUCAAAGUCACCAUCGUCUCCCACGGAGACGCGGCGGGAAACACGGCUGGAUCCACUUCUCAGGAAGUGGGUUUGUCAGGAAAGCCCCUCGGACUGACGGUGGGCCAGACGGUGUCGGGGGCCAAAGAGCUGUCGGAGCUUCUCAGUGCACAAAGGUCAGGUUUGGCAGACGUGUCUGGAGCUUUGGGUUCAAGUGAAGGGCUGUUUCACAGCCUGCAGGGGAGCGCGAUGUCCGGUUCUUCCUCUCCUGUCCAGGUUCAGGCCCCUGCCACUGCGCAAGCUCCCUCUGCCAGUAGUCUGCUGCAGGGCCUCAGCCUCAGUCUGCAGGAGAUCAACACUAAAUCACCAGGCGUCCCCUCCACCUCACAGGUGCCGGCCGUCACACAGUCUGUGUGUGGUGGUGUUCAGGUGUCGCUCAGCUCGGGCGGCAGCGGCACACUCGUGAGGACGGUGCCGAUCGUAUCCACAGGAUCCGGGAUGACCAAAACCACAGCCAUCCAUCAGCUCCUCACCAACGGCGGCCUGGCCAAACUAGCCCACAGCCUGCCAGGACUGGCCCACGUCUCCAGCCAGAGCACGGGACUGAAAGCCCCCACCACUAUCACGGUGACGUUGCGCGGGCAGCCCAGCAGAUUUCCCGCUCUGAGCCACACGGGGGCGCCAGCGCCGCUCGCAGCGCACCAGAGCACCAGUGACCAGAAACUCUGAAAUGGACGAUAUAAAGCUGAAAUCGGCAUCAUUCUCACUUCCAAUGAUCAUCCAAAAGAUGAACCAAGAGGAAUCAAAAGCAGAAAGCGGGGCUGAAGAAUAAGAAGAC